AUGGUGAGCGAAUAUGGCGAUCAUCAUUUAUCAGUGGAAUUGAUAAUCGAGAUUCUCUUAAGGCUGCCAGUGAAAUCGCUUCUACGGUACAGGUGUGUUUGCAAAAAGUGGUAUUGUCUAGUUCAAAACUCACAUUUUCAUGAAAAGCACCAUCAUCACAACCACCAUAGUGCACGACUCCUUGUUCUUCACUAUAACUACACCACAGACAAAUAUUCUUUCGCCCUAUUCCCUGAUGAAACUCUUGCAAGUGAACCGUUUAUUUAUCACGAUGUGAAUGAUCUUCAGAUGCCAGGCAAUCCUAGUGUUUUUGGUCCCUUUAAUGGCAUACUUGGUCUUUGGGUAAGAGAUCGCCUAGCUCUAUGGAAUCCCGCUACAAGAGAAUUCAAGCCACUCCCUGUACCCAACCCCAACCUUCCACCUGAUUUUAGCGCCUAUUGUUAUUUUUUUGGGUUUGGAUUGGAUCCUGUAACCAACUACUAUAAGGUGGUUUGGAUUCGGUACUUUUGGGAUGACAAAGAUGACAAUCCUUACGACCCUAUUGUUGUUGUAGUGUAUAAUCUCUGCACUGGUUCUUGGAGACUCUUUGAAUUAGACUCUUCUCAAUGUGAUUUCAUACAAGAUUCUUUGUGUAACACAUACACAAAAGGAGUUUAUUAUUGGAUGACCAUUCGUAAUGGCAAAAUAUAUAAAAUCCUUACAUUCGACAUGAGUAAUGAGAUUUUUCGAAAUAUUAAAGCACCGCCAGAUAUUCCCGAAUCACUAUGUAGUCAUCUUUCCAUGUACAUUGAUUCUAUUGCUUUGUUACUUUAUGAAGUAAAUGCAAUUGAAAAAUAUUUUGACAUUUGGAUUAAGAAGGAUGAGGACUGUUGGACCAAACAAUUUACUAUCGGACCCUUUUUAGAUGUGGCUAGGCCACUUGGUUUCUGGAAGAACAAUGAGUUCUUUGUAGAGCUAAAAACUUCAAAGUUGGCUUUAUAUAACCCUGAUACUCAAGAAAUUAAGGAUCUUGGACCUCGUGGAAAGGAUUAUUGUCUUAUAGUACUUAUUUACAAAGAGAGUUUAGUGACGGCCAAGGGAGGAAAUGAAGGCCAAGAAGUGGGUAAUGCUUCUGAUAUGGUUCAAGUUCAAGAUUUAUUCACAUAUCCUCCUAUUGUCAUAUGUGGAUGUCAAACAGUCGAAGAAAUUCAGUCUGUUAUAAAUGUAUAA